GUCCUUUAUAGAUUCCAGCAGAUGAGAACGGUGACCAACUUGUACCUUUUCAAUCUAGCUGUUUCGGACUUUUUGUUCCUCUGUGGGCUGCCAAUCGCCAUGACAACUUUCUACUACAGGAAAUGGGUCUUUGAUGGAGUCACGUGCAAACUUUUUUACUUGCUGACGUCAUCAAACUGGUUUGCUGAGGUCUUUACAAUUACUGUUCUCAGUGCUGACAGGUUGUACCUGGCAGUUUGCAAGAGCAGUACAUCGUCGCGUUACAGGAGCAACAAGAUAACUCACACCGUGUGUCUCGUCGUCUGGAUCGUGUCUGUGGUCGUCAUGCUGCCGAUCAUCAUCUACGCCACCACCACCAUCGAGGACGAUUACGAUGACGUCACAUGUUCACAUUACUGCCUGAUCGACCUGCCGAAAAUUGAGCCUCUGAGUAAUCAGCAGGCCUUUGUGUUGUACUCAUUCGUCUUGGCUUUCAUCAUUCCCGUUCCGCUUAUCAGCUUUUUCUAUUUCUCAGUCCUCAAGGAGAUGACCAAAGCGGGUGCCAAAAAAACAAGCAGCCAAGUGAAGAGAUCGAAGAAGAAAGUGACGACGAUGGUCCUCUCAGUCAUAACGCUGUAUGUCGUCUGCUGGCUGCCAUACUGGAUCUUCCAGUUUGUGGUAGUCUUCGUAGGGGUGCAGAUGCAGCUGAUCGCCAUCAUUCUCAACAUUCUCUGCUACGCCAAUAGCUCCAUCAACCCACUCCUCUAUGCCUUCCUCAGUGAGAGUUUCCGCAAAAAUUUUCUCCAACUGUUCGCCUGUUUCAGAUGUCGGGAA